CAUAGAAACAAAUCAUAACGAAAAUUUUUCAAUAAAAACGCGAAAUAUUGGGAAAAUUGUGCAAUUGCCUGAUUUUAUAAGAAAACAAAAGGCAAAGGCAAUAAAGAAAAAAUUAAGAAAAAAAACUGCAGAAAAACGGCAAUUCUUUGUGCGGUGGUGGUUGGUUGGCUCGUUUUCGAAAGAAAAUAAGAAGAACGCAAUUUCCCUAAAAAGCAUCAUUCAAUAGCAGCGAACAAAGGAAAAAUUGCUUAUAUGACAAAAAACGAAAUUGGCACUGAUAUGGACCUUAUACUCGAUGCCUAUAAUGCAGCUCGAGACAAUAACUUACCCCGGCUGAAGAGUGUUCUAAGCGGUAGAUCAUCUUCAGAAGUUUCUACGCUUAUAUCGUGGAAAAUUAACGGAGCCACUCCGUUAGUAAUGGCGUGUCGGAAUGGGCACCUCGAAAUUGUGGACUAUCUGUUGACGAAGUGCAACGCUGAUGUUGAAAAAGUAGGUUCAGUUAGUUUUGAUGGCGAGCCAAUAGAGGACGCGCCACCGUUAUGGUGCGCUGCAGCAGCCGGUCAUUUAAGCAUUGUUAAAAUGCUGGUGCGACAUGGUGCCAACGUGAAUAGUACCACUCGCACGAAUUCCACACCUUUACGAGCUGCUUGCUUCGACGGGCAUUUUGAAAUAGUUAAAUACUUGAUUAGACAUGGGGCCGACUUCGAGGUAGCCAAUCGUCAUGGUCACACUUGUUUGAUGAUAGCCUGUUAUAAGGGUCAUUUUAAGAUAGCUCAGUAUUUACUCUCGUUGAAAGCGGAAGUUAAUCGUUGCAGUGUUAAGGGUAAUACAGCUUUGCAUGAUUGCGCUGAAUCUGGUUCGUUGGAAAUAUUACAAUUGCUGCUAAAACACGGCGCCACAAUGAAAACGGAUUACUACGGUAUGACACCAUUGCUGGCGGCUAGCGUUACUGGUCAUUUGCCUAUAGUUGAACAUUUAAUAUCGCUGCCAUGUGUUUGCCGCAAAAGUCGCAUAGAUGCCUUAGAGUUGUUGGGUGCUACAUAUGUCGAUAAAAAGAUAGAUAUGGUAAGCGCUUUGGCGCUGUGGCGACGAGCGAUGGAAGAUAGAAAUCAGGAACCGAAAAUUCCCAAAAUAGUGAUGGAGCCCAUUCCAGCAUAUGAAUAUGUAACUGAAGUCACAACAAUAGAAGAUCUAGAAGAAUUGGGUUUAGAUCCUGAUGAAAUGCGCAUGCAAGCACUAGUAAUACGCCAACGUAUUCUUGGUAUAACGCAUCCUGAUACAAGUUAUUACAUACGAUUUAGAGGAGCUCACUAUGCGGACGCAGGUCGUUUUGAUCGGUGCAUUGGCCUCUGGACGUAUGCUCUCACAAUGCAGCAGAAAAUUUUACCUCCAUUGAGUCCUAUGACGCAGUCUUCUUUGCUUUCUUUUGCCGAACUUUUUAGUUUUAUGUUAAUGGAGGCCGGACGUUCGCUUCCACGUGGACGAGUUGUGCCACAAAUUGAAGCCAGCGACAUGCUUAUGAUUUUCAAUAUGGCGGUCUUAGAAGUUGAAAGAGGACAAAAUUGGUUAAGUGGACAAAAGAAAAUUGUUUUGACUCAGCAGCAAUUGAUACAUGAAUGCAAUCAGGAUCCAAAUGCCUUAAGUCGUGCAUUAGUCAGUGCGCUUCACAUCGGUUGUUUAUUGGCGUGGUUGAUUGAAGAGCCCAAUUUCUGUCCGAAGUUGCGAAGGGAAAUUUUAAUUGCUCUCUAUAAAUUGAAUCGUCUCAAAAUAUCAGUGCGGGCAGGACGUACAGCUCUACAUUACGCUUGCUAUCGUGAGGGAACACUAGUUGGUCGAUAUCCUGCCUGUCAGUUUCCAUCGCCAGCUCUAGCGAAAGCGCUAUUGCAAGUCGGUGCCGAUCCAAAUUCGGUAGAUGAUUUAGGUAAUACACCAUUACAUUUAGCAGCUUCAAUGCAUGUUUGUGCAAAAGAUCUUGUGGAAAUACUGCUCGACAAUGGUGCGCAUAUUGACGCUAGAAACGCUGUCGGUGAAACAUUUGAGUCUCUACUUAGAUUAAAAAAUUUACGUGAUAUUGUAAAUCCUUUAAAGUAUACAACAUUAUCAUGUUUAGCAGCUCGUACCAUUCAAAAGUAUGGCAUUAAAUAUGAGGGCAUUGUACCGGCCGUGCUUUAUAAGUUCAUAGAAAUACAUUAA